AUGCAACCGGACGCCCGUUCUCGCUCCGGUCGAGACUUAUCAACCGGCCGGUUGGACCGGUUCUGGUCAACCUGCUGGACCGGUUCCGGUCAACCUGCUGGACCGAGCCCGUUUCGACCACCCAAAAUUUUGCAGUCAGACAACGAACGGGAGUUUGUUGCUCACGUAAUUUAUUAUCUGGAAACAAUAUGGACCGAUUUGAUUAUUAUAAAUGGGCGUCCCCGACAUCCUCAGUCACAGGGCUUAGUCGAGCGUGGUAAUGCGGUGGUUCAGCAGCUUCUUGAUGGUAUUCGGUUCAACGAAGAUUUUUGGAAACGUAUUCAACAACAAAUGAAAGAAAAUGAUGAUAAUAAUUCGGCUAUACCUGAUAUUGAAAAAGGUAUUAUGUUAGAAGAAAAUUUGCCACUAGAUGCAGCAACAUUAUUUGAAGAAUUUGAUAAAACAGUCUCAUAA